AUGGCUGAGAUGCUCCUGAAGGCCCAAAAAUACGUGAACGUGGAAGACGCUCUAGCUGCCAUAAAAGAUACCGAGAGGCUAGGAGACAAGUCCAAGAGGGAAGACGACCGCAGAGGGCAAAAGAGAGAUAGACCAGAACGUCGGAACAAUGACGGGAAUAGAAGGAGAGAUGACAAAAAUCCUCGUCAAAUCAAGGACGAGCAUUAUCUCCAAUGGCCCAGGCCAUUACACUCGUCCCCCAACGUACGUGACAAGAACAAGUAUUGUCGGUUCCACAGAGACCACGGCCACAACACAGAAGAUUGCAGAGACCUGAAGGAACAAAUAGAGGAGUUAAUACGGAAAGGAAAGUUGCAGAAAUAUGUAAAGAAAGGAGAAUAUAGCAAGUUUAGAGACGACAACAGGACCCAACAUGAAUCCUUCACUCGGGAUGACGACCAUCCGUCCCAACCUCCACGCAAAGUGAUCGGGGAGAUAAACACGAUCACGGGAGGACCAUCCUCAGGAUCGUUUAGAUCACUCAAAAAAGCAUGCCACAGACAGGUGAACAGCGUCCACACCGUGCCUCUGUCCAAGCAUCGACGAACAUACCAAGACAUGUCCUUUAAUGAAGGAGACGCCAGGGGAGUAAAGCAGCCUCACAACGAUCCCCUAGUCAUAGUGCUGAAUAUAGAAGGGUUCAACACCAGAAGGAUCCUUAUUGAUAACGGGAGCUCAGCAGAUAUCAUCUACCUCCCAGCCUUCCAGUAG